GCGUUCAGCUCGUCACGUCCACGUUCUGUUGAUGACUUGUGUCCGUGCGAAGAAGACGGUUUGUGGUUAUCUCCGCGAAAAAUCCGUGUCGAUUGCGAAUAAUUUUCCUAAAGUGUCGGAAACCCGGUGCCCGUGUUCGCAGUCAUCCCGUUGCCCCGUGAAACAGCUCCCGAAUCGAGACCCGAGCGGCCGUGAGCCUGGUGAAAACCGCGUGUGCGGAUCGCAGUGGAACUUCCUCGGCCUCAGGGCGAAACAGCGCAGCUGACCCGCAGCGUAGACGAGAGCCGCGAGCGACAGUCCCGUUUUGCGCCGAGCCGCCGCUGAGCUGCUGCAAAUUGCCCGGAAAUCCGGCGAAAAGUCCGCGAUCCCAUUUCAGUUGGAACAAAAUUUUUCCCAAUACGCAAUUAGCGUUCCACGGGCCAGAGUGAAAGAGUGACAAGUGAGCGAGGAGGACAGCCUCAGGGACGAUAUCGAGCGCGACUCGAAACUAGUGCAUCCGCAGGAGCGAGAGUUGCGUGUGGAUAGUGCACAGUUGCCGAAGGAACGAGAGGGAGCAGCGCCUGCAGACAAUAUUCACCAAAGCCCUGUGAAAGGAGUAACAGUCACCGAAUUUUCGGUCGUUCGGUUACAACAGCCAGGGUUUUAGUUGAUCUUCAACAACUCCCGUAGCAGGCAUCAUGGAUGUUGAAAAUCGACCAAAUGACGUUGAAUCUCGCGAUAGUUCGGUGGAACGUGAACUUAAUGGUACUGUGAGCAAUGCCUCGACAUCCUCAUUGGAUGGCAUCAAAAAGCCACUCCCACCAGAAGGAACUGAGAGGAUCAAGAAGCGCGCAAAGCGCUUAAGUAAACAAAACAGCCGAGAGGGUGUGCCACAUCCUCAUGUGAAUGGCAUUACAAGCUAUGUAGUGCCGCAGAGAAGAUGGAAAAAUAGUCGGCGUUCACGAAAUGGUUACGGACGUGGCUUACCAAAGAAGGGCGGAGCUGGUGGUAAAGGAGUAUGGGGUCUACCCGGUUCUGAGCUACUGGAAGAAACUUAUGAAGAUCAGAAUGACCCCAACUACGAUAGUGAAUGCAAUGACAAAAACAUCGAGUUGAAAGAAGUCAUUCCCGAGAUGACACCGGAAGAAUUCUUUAAGUUAGCUGAGCCAAUAAUUUUAGAGUAUUAUGAACACGGCCAUACCCACGAAGUUGCGGUUGGAUUGGACGAGAUACUAACAGGCAAUUUGAGGCCUUACGUCACCAGUGUCGCAGUUGAGAUAUCUUUCGACCAUAAAGAUUCGCAACGCGAAAUGACUUCUUUACUCAUAUCCGAUUUGUAUGGACGUGUGAUAACUGGCAGGGACAUCGAAAAAGGAUUCGGCAUUCUUUUGGAAAAUCUUCCUGAUUUAAUACUAGAUACCCCGGAAGCAGCGACGUUACUAGGUAACUUUCUGGCUCGGGCAGUGGCUGAUGAUUGUAUUCCGCCAAAAUAUGUAACGCGCCCUGAUGAAGUUGAUACACUCAACGAGCACGCUCUAGUCGCGCUCAAACGUGCCGAUACAUUGCUUUCAAUGAAGCAUGGCUGGGCGCAUCUGGAUAAUGUUUGGGGAAUGGGCGGUCCAUUGCGGCCGGUUAAAUUCAUCACCAAGCAAAUGACGCUCUUGUUGAAGGAGUAUCUUUCAUCUCGUGAUGUGCAGGAAGCGCAUCGUUGCAUCCGAGCGUUGGAAGUGCCGCAUUUUCAACAUGAACUGGUUUACGAAGCUGUCGUAAUGGCACUUGAGUCAAUCAGUCAGAGUGCUGAAGAAGCAAUUUGUGAUCUCCUAAAAUCUUUGGACGAAGCUUGCAUUGUGUCACCAGCAAUGAUGGAGCAGGGUUUCCAGAGAGUAUAUGACGAUAUGGCUGACAUUGUCUUGGACGUUCCACUCGCUUAUAUUGUAUUGGAUCGUUUUGUUGAGCGAUGCAGCCAUGCCGGUUUUCUCGCUGAUAAAGUUAUCAGAAAUAUGCCCUCAAGGGGACGUAAACGUUUUGUCUCCGAAGGAGACGGUGGCCAUAUUAAACCGCAAACGAUUCCACUUCGUGACUAAACCGACACAUACCAAAACGGAUUUCCGUCGCUGUGCAUGCGUGUUGUUUCCCUCCAUGAGUUAUAUACAUAAAAUAAACCUGAAUUCACUAAACCGCGAAUAUAUUGUCUUUUCGUGAAAUGUAUAUACCGAGAGCUUAGACGAGUAUGUAGUUGAGAACGCAGCAUGCAUUUGGACGAUAAAAUGUGACCCAACCACCACAAAAGAAUUGCAUAACAAAGAAUGGCCGAUUAGCCGGCUCUGGGUCUUAACAAUAUAUUCAUGAUUCUAAUAAAAUGGAAAAUAUAUAAGUUCUUAAAUCGUUUUUCUGUUGAGAACAAUCAUUCACGCAUUGCAUAAUGAUAAUGAAUUCUUUCUACUUUUUAUAUAUAUUCGUACAUGUAAAAACUUAAACUUUGCAAAGCUACCUUACUUUAAAAUAACGAAGAAACUCAAACGAAUGAUAUUGGAAAACCCCUAUGGCUUGUCAAGGAUUAAUAUUAUGAAAAAACAUGAAACUUACAUUAAAUUAGGAGCGUUUUUAUAGUAACGAGAAAUAAGCCACGAUAGAUUGCCAACUGGAUUGAAGUAAUUAGUUGAGUUUUGGGUUAAGCUUGAAAUUGUCAUUUAGAACGCGCAUUCGCGGGGAUGCUUAAUACUUUGCUUCUUAUUUUAGUAUCUUUUUUGCAUUUUUACUAUAAUUUCUCAUACAAGGACAUACUUUUUUUCACGAAACAGAAUUGCAUUAUUAUUAUAUUCUAUGUACAAAAUCAUUGCGAUAAGUGAAUUGGUAAUAUUGUUAACAAGUCAGUUUGAGUGGAAUCCGAUAAUUUACAGCCUACAAUGGCUGCUACAAGUUACUUGACCGUAUUUUCACAAUUUCCAUAUACGCAGAAUAUGCAAAUUUGCUACUUCCUAUGUUAAGAACUAUAAAGAUAUAUUCAAGCAGAUUAAAAAUAAUAA